AUAGUUCAGUCAAACUCAAAGUCAGCUGAAGGCAAGAGAACGCCUCAGAGACAGCCUCACUUCAGUGUGUCUCUGACAUUUAUGGACUUGGUUUGCUAGACGGGGGAAGAAGAUGAUGGCAGGAAUGAAAAUCCAGCUGGUGAGCAUGUUACUGCUGGCUUUCAGCUCUUGGAGUCUGUGCUCAGAUUCAGAAGAGGAAAUGAAAGCGCUAGAAGCAGAUUUAUUGACCAAUAUGCAUCCAUCAAAGAUCAGCAAAGCAAGUGGUCCUUCUUGGAAAAUGACCCUGCUAAAUGUUUGCCAUCUUGUAAAUAACCUGAACAUCCAAGCUGAGGAAACAGGAGAGGUUCCUGAGGAGGAGCUUAUUACAAGAAAGAAAUUUCCCACUGCUUUAGAUGGCUUUAGCUUGGAAGCAAUGUUGACAAUAUACCAGCUCCAAAAAAUCUGUCACAGCAGGGCUUUUCAACACUGGGAGUUAAUCCGGGAUGAUGUUCUUGAUACUGAAAAUGACAACAAUGAGAAGGAAGAAGUUAUAAAGAGGAAAAUGCCUUACAUUCUGAAACGGCAACUAUAUGAAAAUAAACCUAGAAGACCAUACAUUCUCAAAAGGGCUUCUUACUACUACUGAAAGGAGUAAACAUUUUAUUUACUUGUAACUGUAAUGUAUGAUCCUUUAAUUAAAUAUCAAAUUACAUAUUUGUGAAAAUGUGACAGAACACAGUUACUUUGUGUCUUCUAAAAUUGUGGUUUAUUAGAUGUGAUUUUUCUGCAUUCAUAUGAAUUGGACUAAAUGUUUUCAAAUAAAUCUAGAUAUUAA